UUGCAGGGGAGGGGAUGUUUGGAUCUUGCAGGGCCCCAGGGGUGAGAACAGAUGCCCCUUUGGAGACUUGUGGAGGGUUCCUGUGGCAAUCUCUGUACUGGCUGGGGAGGUGGUACCAGUUGGGGGUGGACAUUGGCAUUGGAGUGGGGAGAGCAGCAAGGGCCAAUCCCGGAGCUGGGGGAUCCCAGCAGCCUGGAGGAGUGGGGGAGGCUGGAGAUGAGCAGGGUCUGGGCCUGCCCAACGGUGGACAGGGCAGUUACUUCUGGAGCUGGACUUGGGCAGCGGGACCAAGGGUCUCAGCUGUUGUUUUUCCCCCAAGCCAGGAUUUGUCAAUCCCAAACUUUGUCUGGAUGGAGGUGGAGGAGGCUGCAAGGAAAAGGAAGAAUGGUGUGGGACACUGAGGCAGGCCAAGGCCAUCCUGCCAGGGAUGAAUUGGUGGGAUCUCCUUCCCCUUCCCUGUGGCACAAUGGUAAGUCCCAUCCUGUCCUUGUCCACCCUCCUUCCUCUUCUCAUUCUGUCCUUCUUCCUUCCUCACUCCUUCUCUCCUUUUCUUUCCUUACCCCAGGCACUGAGCUGCAGACGGAGACCAGGGAGAGCAAGUCCCUGCUGCAGAACCUCAUGGAAGAGGCUGUUUGGAGCAGCUCCAUGGCACAGGAAUCCAGUGGGGAGGAAAAGCCCUGGAGAUCCCACACAAGGAGGGGCUGCAAACCCCCUGGAGAUGUAAAGAGGAAAGAUGCCCCCUGUGCCAGGAAGGCAGCUGGAGAUCCAUUUGGAACUCAGAGGUGGUGGAGAGGACUCAUGGCAGGCAGAAGCCCCACAAGUGCUUGGGAUGUGGGAAGGGCUUCAGCCAGAGCUCUGGAGCUCACACCUGGUCCAGGUGAUCCCCACAGGGAACUGGCCCUACAAGUGUGGGGAGUGUGGGAAGGGCUUUGGGUGGAGCUCCAACCUCAUCAGUCACCGCAAGAUCCACACCAGGAGAGGACCUAUGAGUGUCCCGAGUGUAGGAGGUGGUUUCUGAGCAGCUCCAAUCUCAUCAUAAAGAUUCAAGGGGUCAGCUGGAAAUGUAUUUACAAUAAUUGAAAACUGUGGAUGAGUUGAGGGGCUAGCUGGGAAUAUAAUUGAGAUAGUAGAAGAUUACAUAUUUUAGUUAAGAUUUAAAAUUAGUUAAGAAGCUAAGUUAGCUAGCAAAAAUCACAUACCUUAGUGAAAGAGUAACAAAUAUAUUAGAAAGUAAAGCCAGGAGUGACAGAGACAGAUGUAGCAAUUGUGAAGGAGCAGAGACCAUAGAAAUACCUUGCCUUAAGAAUAAUCAAACAGUUUUAUAAUCACAGUCUAAAGAAGAAUAAUCACAGUCCAAACAGAGAGGCUUGGACUGUGACCAGCAGAUCACAAAGUCCUGCAAACUGGCCAUGGGUGAGGAGUUUACCAUGAGGAAGACAGCUUUCUUCCUCCCAUACGCCCACUCCCUUAUUUCAAAAUCCCACUGACCCAAUUAAGGGAGGGCAAUUGCACAGCCAUAUUAGGUAUUCAGCUGAUUAUAAUACAAAGUGGGCAGGUAAUGAUUCUGUAUUACGUCUCCUUAGAAACUGCCUGGAUAUGUAAAACCUUUUCUGUAUAAACAGAGAGCAGGAGUCUGCCACUCCUUGCACAUGCAUUUGGAAAUGAUUCCUCAUGUGUCCAGUGCUGAAAUAAAACAACCUUCUUUUGAACUUUAA